AUGUCACCCCCUCUCCCUUCCGGCAAGGCGAGCCCUCCAGACACCCCGACUCCCCAACCCGACCCCUCCUCUCCCUCCCCCGGCAGCCGCAGCCUCACCAUCCAUGACUUUGACAUCGGGCGCCCCCUGGGCAAGGGGAAGUUCGGGAACGUGUACCUGGCCCGGCUCCGGGACAGCCAUUUCCUCGUGGCCCUCAAGGUCCUGUUCAAGUCGCAGCUGGAGAAGGAGGGGAUGGAGCACCAGCUGCGCAGGGAGAUCGAGAUCCAGUCGCACCUGCAUCCCAGCUCAGGCUGUUAUACUGACUGGGGGGGCGGAAACCCUCCCCCACCAUCAAUAACGGUGCCCUGUCGAGGGGGUCGUGGCGUUGGUGACCAGGGAAUAAAAGACGUCGACUGCACAGCGCAGGCGGGGUGUUUCCCCUCAGGGAAGCUGUGGCCGGCUUCCUUUCUAAGGCUGCCCUUUCCUCCGCCCACACAGAUCAUGGAGGAGCUGGCGCACGCUCUGGCCUACUGCCACGAGAACAAGGUGAUCCACAGGGACAUUAAGCCGGAGAACCUGCUGCUGGGGCUCCGGGGGGAGGUGAAGAUUGCGGACUUUGGCUGGUCCGUGCACACCCCCUCGCUGAGGAGGAAGACCAUGUGCGGGACUCUGGAUUACUUGCCCCCGGAAAUGAUCGAGCAGAGGACGUACAGCGAGAUGGUGGACCUGUGGUGCAUCGGGGUGCUCUGCUACGAGCUGCUGGUGGGAAACCCCCCCUUCGAGAGCUCCUCCUAUUCCGAGACCUACAGGCGCAUCCUCAAGGUUGAUGUAAAGUUUCCUCCAUCAAUACCUUUGGGGGCCCAGGACUUGAUCAGCAAGCUUCUCAGAUACCAGCCUUCGGAGCGGCUGCCGCUGGCCCAGGUCCUGCAGCACCCGUGGGUGCAGGCCCAUUCUCGGAGGGUGGGGCCUCCACCCGCUCCGUCGGCCUCCUGAGCCCUGCCCGCCCCGGUUCCUAUGUGUUUGUUCAGGGAGCUCUCCUGGCUCCGCUAUCAUGUCUGUCUGUUGUGUCUUCACUGUUAAAAUAUAAGAUGCUAAUUAAUAAAAGAUUAAUCAUUUAUUUUAA